AUGGCGCCGUCCUACGAGCACCUUCGCGAGGCAGACCUCGACGAAGACGAGUACGAUGAGGAGGAGAUCGAUAUUUCCGACCUGCGCGAGAAGUACGAGGUGCAACUCGAGCAUGGCUACGACACGUUUGUCGUCAUUGAUGGCCUUCCUGCCGUCACCGAGGAGCAGAAGCCCAAGCUGGUCAAGUUCUUGCUGAAGAAACUGAACCAGGUCGGCAAGACGCGAGAGGACCUCAUCUUCAUGCCCAUGGGUGAGGAUGGCCUGUCUCUAAGAUUCGCCUUUGUCGAAUACUCUUCCGCCGGCGAGGCCGCCGCUGCCGUCAGGGGCCUCGACAUGGUUGCCCUCGACAAGAAGCACAUCUUGCGUGUCAACAAGCUGACCGACAUUGACCGUUACGGUCGCGAGGGCCGCGUUGACGAGGACUACACCCCUCCUCAAAUUGAGGAGUUCCAGGAGAAGGAGCACCUCCGAUGGUGGCUCAAGGACCCCAGUGGCCGUGGCCGCGACCAGUUCGUCAUGUACCGCGGAGAGUCCGUUGGCGUCUGCUGGAACAACGAGAAGGAGCCCGCCGAGACCGUGGUCGAUCGUCAGCACUGGACCGAGAGCUUCGUCCAGUGGUCACCCCUCGGCACAUAUUUGACUUCAGUUCACGCACAAGGUGUUCAGCUCUGGGGCGGCGCUUCCUGGUCCAGGCAAAGGCGGUUCGCGCACCCCUUUGUCAACCUCAUCGCUUUCUCCCCCAACGAGAAGUACAUCGUCACUUGGUCCGCUCGCCCCAUCUCCAUUCCCGAGGACGGCCACCCGGCGCUCUCUGUGGACGAUGACGGCAAGAACUACGUCAUUUGGGACAUUGAGACGUCCAAGCCCCUCCGAUCCUUCGCGAGCCUUGACGUCCCCGGUGCUGAGGGCGAUGAUGGCGUCGCUAAGCAGCGCAAGUCCCCCUGGCCUGCGUUCAAGUGGUCGGCCGAUGACAAGUACGUCGCCCGUCUGACUCAGGGCUCCUCUAUUUCUGUUUACGAGCUCCCCCGCAUGGGCCUGCUCGACAAGACAACGAUCAAGAUUGCCGGUGUCAUGGACUUUGACUGGGCGCCCGCCACCGUUCACCGCGAGGGCGUCAAGAACUACGAGCAGCUCUUCUGCUACUGGACUCCCGAGAUUGGCAGCAACCCCGCCAAGGUCGGUCUCAUGAGCAUUCCCUCCAAGGAGAUCGUGAGGACAUUGAACCUCUUCAGCGUCAGCGAUGUCAAGCUUCACUGGCAGUCGGACGCCUCCUUCCUCUGCGUCAAGGUCGACAGGCAUUCCAAGUCGAAGAAGUCACAGGCCACGUCGCUCGAGAUUUUCCGCGUCAAGGAGAAGGGCGUUCCCGUCGAGGUCGUCGACACGAUCAAGGAUACCGUCGUCAACUUUGCCUGGGAGCCCAAGGGUGACCGCUUCGUCAUCAUCACGACCACCGAGGCCCGCCGGCCCCACGGCCGUCGCGCCCAAGACAUCGGUCGCCUUCUUCUGCCCGGAGAAGAACAAGGCAACUCCAUCUACUGGUCACCCCGCGGCCGCUUCGUUGUUGUGGCUACCGUUCACAACACGCAGAGCUCCGACCUCGACUUCUACGACCUCGACUUUGAGGGCGAGAAGCCCGAGUCAGACAAGGACCUGACUGCCAACCUUCAGCUCAUGAACACGGCCGAUCACUACGGCGUGACUGACGUUGAGUGGGACCCCUCCGGUCGCUUCGUCGCCACCUGGUCGUCCUCGUGGAAGCACAGCAUGGAGAAUGGCUACCAUAUUUACGACUUCAAGGGUGAGCAGCUACGCGAGGAGCAUGUGGAGAAGUUCAAGCAGUUCCUCUGGCGCCCGCGCCCCGCGACGCUGCUCACCAAGGAGGAACAGAAGCAGAUCCGCAAGAACCUGCGCGAGUACAGCAAGACGUUCGAGCAGGAGGACGCCGACCGUGGCGCGUCCGCGGACCGCGAGGUCGUCGAGGCCCGCCGCCGCCAGCUCGACGAGUGGCUCGCGUGGCGCGAGUCGAUCGAGGAGGAGCUUGUCGAGGAGCGCGCCUACCUCGGUCUGCCCGAGGACCCCAUCGCCGAGCUGCUUGCUUCCAAGGUCACCAACCCCGACGCCGAAGAGCAGAUCAUCGAGGAGAUUGUGGAGGAGGUCAUCGAGGAGACGGAGGAGAUUCUGCAGUAG